AUGACUUAUGCCUUCUUUUUCUUGGUACCUGCAAACAUCAAAUUAGCGCGUAUCUACGUAGAAGAACAUUUGGAUCAAGAAGCAAGAAGCCAUCACUCAAAUGCAGUCAAGUACAAAAGUUGGAUUCAGUACUCAUUAUCUGGAGAUCCUAUUAUUCCUUGGUAUUGCACAUGUCCUGGCGUAGCUGUAACUAUUGGAGCUGGUUCGAACAUUGUUUCUAUUGUAUGGUACCUAGGUUACGCUCGUCAUCAUCAUUUCGAACCAUUUAAGGGUCGACGUAAAAUUCAACAAGCAAUAAUGGAAAGAAUUGUUGUUGAUGAAGACGGCGAGAUGGAUGAUAAAAUUCAACAAGAAGAAGAUGAUGACGACUGA